AAGAUUCUUUCACAUACGCCCUCGCCGUUACGUUUACCACCAAAAAAAAACAAAAGAAAGUCUCUCAUCCUCCUCAUCAACAUUUCCACCUCCGGGGAGUUCGAAUAACCCCCACAUGGACCACCACUUCGCCGGAAAGCCCUUGGCGGCCAGCCCAUUCGGCAACCGGGCCGAUAUCGACCAUAUGCCUGACGCUCCAUACCGAGGGGCCCACCACCGCCGGGCUCAGUCCGAGACUUUCUUCCGCUUCUCGGACGACAUCCUUCUCGACGCCGAUGCCGACGUUGAUGUCGACUUCAACCUCGAUAUCAUCUCCGACAACACCAACAGUGGAGCUGCCGGCGUCCCAAUGGCUGUUGAUUCUUCCAAAUCAGAGGAUUCCAACGGUGGGUACUCCGCUUCGGCCAAGGCCAAGUCGCUGGACCCUAUCAACCACUUCCGGAGCUUGUCGGUGGACGCUGACUUUUUUGAGGGUCUGGGAUUCUCACCGGCGGCUACGGCUGCGGCUGGGGAGAGCUCUGACGGCGGUGGAGCGACUCAGGAGAAGAGGGUGCACCAUCACCGGCAUAGCAACUCGAUGGAUGGUUCUACGACGUCGUUUGAGGUUGAAUCGUUCAUAGGUUCGGAUGGUGCGAAGAAGGCUAUGGGACCUGAUAGACUCGCAGAGCUUGCUUUGAUCGAUCCCAAGAGAGCUAAAAGGAUUCUUGCAAAUAGACAAUCUGCUGCACGUUCAAAGGAGAGGAAAAUACGCUAUACUAAUGAACUGGAGAGGAAGGUGCAGACACUUCAGACAGAAGCAACCACCCUCUCUGCACAGGUCACUAUGCUACAGAGAGAUACCACUGGACUGACUGCCGAGAAUAAGGAACUCAAACUACGGUUGCAGGCCAUGGAGCAACAGGCAUCUCUUAGAGAAGCUCUAAAUGAAGCAUUGAGAGAAGAAGUACAGAGGCUUAAGAUUGCAACUGGACAAAUCCCAGCUGUCAAUGGAAACAGUUUUAACAGAAGGCUGCCUCCACAGUUUUCCUCCCAUCCUCAGGCUUUACAUCAUUUUGGUGCCCAGCAGCAGCAGCAGCAGCUUCACAUGCCUCAAUCAUCUACCAACAACCAAUCUCUAAAUGGGCAGCCCCAGCCUAGCUUCUUGGACUUCAAUCAGAGGGUUUGAUGACUAGCCAGAAAACCUAAUUGGCAGGAAGGCAGAAUUUGAGAAUUAGAAGGUAAUACAUCCUUGGGUAGGAUCUUGUACAUGUAAAUAUGUAUGUGUGCAGGUAAAGGUUGUGAAGAGUGUUUCUCAGAUCAGUCCCUUGUAUCAGUUACACUGUUGGCUAUGUUACCUUUAGGUUAGAAUUCAUGCAGUAGUUCAGUGAGAUCCUAGUGGAGCAUUUAAUGGAUGGAUGAAUAAACAUUCAUAAUCUGUCUUUUUUCCUUCUGAGAAUGAUUAGUUGAUAUAGUUAGAGUUAAUCAAAAUGGAUCAUAUAUUGGUGUUAGAAAAUCUGUUUCUCCCCUUUUUAGUUCCUGUAGUUAGGGUUGGAAUAUGUUUGAAAUACAGGUAAACACAAUACUCAAGGACUGCUCUGUUCCAGAAA